CAAUUUCAAUUCAGAUCGUUGAACAAUAAUGGACUCGUCGGAGAUCGAAGUAGUGCCUCUAGAUUCCAACUCUCACCAAAACCCUACCGAAUCACCAACCAUCACCGACGUCUUCUCCGCCUCCGCUUAUGGCGAUCUCAACCAACUUAAGCAUUUCGUCGAACAUAAUGGCUCUUCAGUUUCUCUUCCCGACGCUAAUGGCUACUACGCUCUUCAAUGGGCUGCACUCAACAAUUCCCUCCACGUUGCUCAAUAUAUUAUCGAGCAUGGUGGUGAUGUUAAUUCAGCUGAUAAUAUACAACAAACACCAUUGCAUUGGGCAGCUGUUAAAGGUUCCAUUGAUGUUGCUGACCUUUUACUGCAAAAUGGAGCUCGAAUUGAAGCUGCUGAUGUCAAUGGGUUCAGGGCAGUUCAUGUUGCUUCUCAAUAUGGACAGACAGCAUUCUUGAAUCAUAUUAUUGUGGACUAUGCAGCUGACUAUAACGCACUGGAUAAUGAAGGGAGGAGUCCGCUACAUUGGGCUGCUUACAGUGGAUUCACAGAAACAGUUCGGUUACUUCUCUUCCGGGAUGCAUGCUGCACACCUUUGCACUGGGCUGUGAUUAAGGAAAAUGUUGAGGCUUGUACUCUGCUAGUUCAUGCUGGAACCAAGGAGGAACUGAUAUUGAAAGAUAACACUGGAUCCACGCCACUUAAGCUUGCAUCUGAUAAAGGUCACAGGCAGCUCGCUCUUUUCCUUGGUGUAGAUUUAAGAGCUGGCAAUAUGAUAGCUGUCGGUUUUAGGGUUACUGUAGGGUUUAGAGUUCACAGGGUGAGGGAUGCCUUGUUAAAUGGUUGUAGAUCGAAGGCAAUGCGAACCCGUAAUAAUAGUUUUGUGGACAAGAUCUUCUGUGGAAAACUGGGAGAGACUAGCUAUGCUCCUAUGUUGUUCAGCUUAAUAGUCAUUCUUAUGGUCCUCUUCACCACAUCCAUUGUUUCAGCUUCUAAUCUCCCAAAGAUAACUGCUAUGGUUGGUCUGUGGGCAUGUUUCGGUCUUUCAUGUGGUGUUUACGCACUGAUAACUUUCUAUCAUGUUAUCAGAAAAGAUCCUGGGUACUUUAAAAGAACCAGUGAAGUUGACAGCCAACACACUGCCAACGACCCUUUGAUUGAUAUCAAUUUCAAAAACCCCUCAUGGAAAGGAAACUGGUCCCAACUCUGCCCCACUUGCAAGAUAAUUAGACCGGUGCGAUCUAAGCACUGUCCCACCUGUAAGCGCUGCGUUGAACAGUUUGACCAUCACUGCCCCUGGAUUUCCAACUGUGUUGGUAAGAAGAAUAAACGAGACUUCCUAGUCUUUGUGAUCAUGGGAGCUUUAACAUCAUUCGUUGGUGGCACAACUGCUGUUCAAAGAUUAUGGAGAGGUAUCCCACAGGUAAACCACGGAGAAUCAUGGAUUAAACAUAUAGUCCUUGAACACCCCGAUGCUGCCGUGUUUCUGUUUUUCGACUUGCUCAUUUUCAUUGCGACAAUGACGUUGACAAUCUCACAGUCUUAUAUGAUAGCUCGGAAUAUUACAACCAACGAAUUAUGGAACGCGAAAAGAUUCAGUUAUUUGCGGGGACCUGAUGGAAGAUUCUACAACCCAUAUAACCACGGCUGGCGAAGAAACUGCACUGAUUUUUUUGUUCAUGGCUACACCAGGGACGACGAGGUUGUCCCGUCUUCAAUUCUCUGAAUUUACAUCUCCUCAUCUCAUUGUUACAUGCACAAACCUUCUGAUUCAGUGUAAUGUGUAUAUAGAUAGAUAUCUCCUCUUCGAUUCAUAUGUUGCAAAGUGGGUUCAAGUUUCUUCUCCUUUACUUGACACACGUCUUACACUCUGUAAUUUUUUCCUUUAUAUCACUCACCAGUUUCACCAUAAUGCUACUCAACCCCCCAUAGUCUCCAAUCCUCUUGAUGAAAAAUGAUUUUUAAAUGUCAAAUGUUCCAACGACAAGUAAAAGAUUUUUAUUUGA